CUAAAGUUUACGUGUUUGAUGCUUCUUUUACUUUCCUCUUCUUUUAUAUAUACAGAUCCCAUGAUCAAAAUCUAUCCCGUUUUCAAUUUCCAAUUUUUUAAUUAAUUCAAUUUCAUUAUUCUUUAUUUAUUACCAAUUAAUCCAAUUUUGAUAUAAUUCAUUUUCAUAUCCCUAAUUUCCUACUUUUUCCCAUUAGAAAAAUGGAAAAUAAAAAUAGCAAAAAAGCAAAGGAAGAGCUAAUUCAACCAUUAAUAAUUUCAAAUAAUGAUAAUAAUGAAGGAGAAAAUGAAAAAAUACACAAUUUAAUAUGGGAAGAGUCAAAAAAAUUAUGGCAUGUUGCAGGGCCAUCUAUAAUCAGCAGAAUUGCGUCGUUUUCUAUGAACGUCGUUACCACCGCCUUCGCCGGCCACCUUGGCGACAUCGAGCUUGCUUCUCUUUCCAUUGCUAACACCGUUAUCGUCGGCUUUAAUUUCGGUCUCUUGCUAGGAAUGGCAAGUGCAUUGGAGACGUUAUGUGGUCAAGCAUAUGGUGCAAAAAAACUACACAUGUUAGGCGUGUACAUGCAAAGAUCAUGGAUAGUCCUAUUCCUAUGUUGUUUCGUUCUAUUGCCAUUGUACAUAUUCCCCGCUCCACUACUAAAACUAAUGGGUCAAGCCGAGGAUGUCGCAGAGUUAUCCGGUCUAGUUUCGGUGUGGCUCAUUCCAUUACACUUCAGCUUCGCUUUUGUGUUUCCGGUGCAACGAUUCCUACAAAGCCAACUUCAAACAGGCAUCAUUGCUUGGGUCUCAUUUGGCGCAUUUUUGGUGCAUAUAUUAUUGAGUUGGCUAUUUGUUUAUGUGUUCGAUAUGGGAAUAAUUGGACUUUGUGUUGCACUUAAUGUGUCUUGGUGGAUCCUUUUUUUUGGACAAUUUGGUUUUGUUGUUUGGGGUGGUUGUCCUUAUACUUGGAUUGGUUUCUCUUCUCAAGCUUUCUCUGGUCUUUGGGACUUUUUUAAGCUUUCUGCUGCUUCUGGUGUUAUGCUCUGUUUGGAGAACUGGUACUACAGAAUUCUGGUGUUGAUGGUGGGUGGAUUAGAGAAUGCUGCAAUUGCUGUUGAUGCCUUAUCUGUAUGCAUGACAAUAAAUGGAUGGGAGAUGAUGAUUCCUCUUGCUUUCUUUGCAGCCACCGGAGUAAGAGUGUCGAAUGAAUUAGGAGCAGGAAAUGGGAAAGGAGCAAAGUUUGCAACAAAAGUAUCCGUUAUUACAUCCACAAUAAUUGGACUGAUGUUUUGCGUGAUUAUCAUGGCGCUUCAUGAUAAGUUUGCGAUCAUAUUCUCAGAUAGUGCUCCAGUACUUGAGGAAGUUGACAGGCUUUCAUGGCUCUUAGCAGUUACUAUUCUUCUCAACAGUGUUCAACCUGUGCUUUCAGGAGUGGCAGUUGGAUCUGGUUGGCAAGGAUGGGUAGCAUACAUAAAUAUUGGUUGCUACUAUGUUGUUGGACUUCCUCUUGGAAUUCUAAUGGGAUGUGUGUUCAACACGGGUGUUAUGGGUAUUUGGGCGGGAAUGAUUUUUGGUGGAACAGCACUUCAAACGGUUAUAUUAGGUGUAGUCACAGCAUUAUGUCACUGGGAUAAAGAGGCACAAAAGGUAGUUGCUGAUGUUCAACAAUGGUCAUCCAUGCAACCUGAGUUAAAGUGAUCAUACCUCAAACAAAAGAUCGAAAUCUGGCCAACUAAUUUUAUGAAAGCUUAUGUUUAUUUUAACAAGAAAUUCCAUAAUCUAGUGUUUGGAAACAAGUAUUUCAUUUCAAAUUAUAGAUUUCAAUUAUGAAAUCAUAAUUGAAGAAUUUGAGAAUGAUAAGGUUUGGGUAGUCAUUCUCAAAUUUUCAACAUUAACUACUUUAAAAACAAUGGUGGAAUUUGAUCUAGAUUCAAAUUUGAAAUGAUACAAAGUAGAACACGGUUUUGGGGUUUCAA